GGCGCUUGUUUCCGGGGGGUUGAUACUUGCGAUGCACGGGAAGUAGUGCUCACAGUUCACAGAUAUGGAAAGUUCAUCUACAGAGAUGGAUCCAGAAUUGGCACGACAGUUGUUUUUUGAAGGAGCAACAAUAGUGAUCUUCGGUCUACCAGAGGGCUCAGAAUUCGGCAUAGACUCAAACAGUUGGCACAUUGGCCCUCGAUUCAAAGGCGUGAAGAUGGUGCCUCCAGGGGUUCAUUUUAUUCACUACAGUGUGAAAAGAAUAGGAGGUGCUCCCGGAGAAACUGGUCCACGUUCAGGGAUUUUCUUUUACUUGGAACAAAAGGAGAUCCGUCUCCUGCACUGGGACUUUCAAGAAGAGGAGAUGGUUGCCGCCCCCCAGGAGGAGGCUGAAAAUUUACGGGAACAGCUGACCUCAUUGGACCCAUCUUUGGGGCCUUACCCAUAUGAAAGUCUUCGCCGCUGGGUGUCUCUGACCAGUCACAUAUCUAAAGAAGCCAUGUUGAACCUACAGCCAUCCUGUGGGACCAUCUGCUCCUUUCCAGAGGUUUUGCCUAUGGAGAAUAUGACCCACACAGAGGACCGGGCCAAACAUAACUUACCCAGGUAUGACACUGUGUGCCAGAACUAUAAAGAAGGCAUGUCCAGACUGCCCCAAAUGAAGCAGAAAGAGGGAACCGAAAUCAGAUUCAGUCAGCUACCAGAGAAGAUGUACCCCAAAAAUGCCACCCCCGCAGAGAUUACACAGCACAGCAUGGACCUGUCCUAUGCCCUUGGACAACUGAUUGACAUCAACUAUCCAGGAAAUCCACUAGCUAUUCUAGCUGAGCUGCAGUUUUCCUUUGUGUGUUUCCUUUUGGGCAACGUCUACGAGGGGUUUGAACAAUGGAAGCAAUUGCUGAAUCUUUUGUGCCGUGCAGAGUCGUUCUCCUUGCAGCAUACAGAUCUCUACAGUGAGGUCAUCUCGGUCCUGUAUCACCAGCUGGCACAGGUUCCUACAGACUUCUUCAUAGACAUUGUAUCACAGAACAACUUCCUGACAAGUACUCUGCAGGUCCUUUUUUCAUUUCUGUGCUCACCGUCCACGAAUAAGGAUCUGAGGAAGAAAGCGCUCCGCUUCCGUGCCCAUCUCACCAAGAGGUUUCAGUGGGACUUUGAAGAGGAUCCCCUGGACAGUGCUCCUUUAGUCGUUCAGUUGCCUGAGGGCUGGGAAAACACUGUUAAUACUGAUCAUACUGCACAGGGUAACGCUGAAGUUCCCGUUCCCACAAAAUGAUGCCACUGUAUAGCUGGGGACUCUCCUGCAGCUGCGCUAGUGAGAAAGUCGCACAUGACGCCUGGCUGGACAGGAUAAGAAGCUAAGCAUAUUAAGGCGUUUAGGUCCUGGAUCAGUAAACUAUGAAACUAUCAUAGUUUAUAGAGCUGUACCCUGAAUGGAAGGCACACGCGUUGUUUGGUUACCACAGACGUCUCAGCUAAGCAAUUACUAUUUCUGGGUGGUCUGAAAUGUGGCACAAAAUGCCAAGCAACUUUUCCACAUGUUUGCAAGGACAUGGUCCUCUCCCAGUAAUGCUCUUUGUAUCGAUGGAAUAGCUGUACUCGCCUGGUGGUGUAAUCCCAGCAUAUAAAAUGUAUGUAGAACAGCGUCUUCUGUCUUCAUCGGUCAGCAGAGGGCGCUGCUUUACCUAAAACGCUAAAACCUGUAUCAUAUCGUAUAUGAAUAGGUGUAUACACAUAUACAGUAUUUAAUUCAUGUCAUUGAGGAGCCUUUAUCCAGAACCACCUGCAAUGGUUACCUGUGGGGUCAGAUGUUAAUUU